AUGCCCAAAGCUACUCGCACCAAGCGUGACAAAGGCGAGCACAAAGAGAACAAGCCGCCGCGCAGCGAAAACGGCACCGAUAUUGUCAACGAAAGCUCGGACACGCUGCUGCCAUCACCCACAGAGUCGCCCAUCUACGCCAAGCUCAAGAGCGUCAACGAGUACUUGGCCGACACAAUCGAGUUGCGCAAUCCUAAAGUGAUAUUCGGACGCAUUCUCGACCAAAAUCUGGCCAAGGAGCAUCAGAUCUACGAGUUCGAGCUCUACAACAAGUGCGUCAAGGGCACGAUGAACUUGAUCAGCCGCACCCAUUUCAUCCUGUAUCGGAGCCCGGGCAACAACAAGACGUUCAUAGAAGACUUCAGCCGCAACGGCACCUUUGUCAACCAGCAACGCUUGACCGUCGGCGUGAAGACGGAGCUGCCGCACAAGUCGCUGAUCUCGAUUGGAAAGCCCGAUCAGUUUUUCUGGUGUUACGACGAGAACAAACCGGCAAUCUACCCACUGGCACUAACAGAAAAGUACACCGUCUCGUCGUACGUCAUUGGCACCGGCGGCUUCUCAAAGGUCCUAUUCGGCUUCAAGCGCACCCCGACUUGCCGCCGUGUCGCCAUCAAGGUUCUGGAGAAACAGAUCAAAGUUUCUAAAUCGCAACAGCAACAGGCAAACUCCGAGGUCGCGCGCGAGGUGAGGCUGAUGUGCACGCUCAAUAACCCGUUCUGCAUGGGAUUCCUCGACUUCUACGAGGACAACUUCCGCUCGUUCAUAAUCCUCGAGUACUCGGCCGGCGGCGACCUCUUCUACAAGAUCAGCGCCAAGGUCGACGACGAUGGCCAGCUCACCGGACUCGACGAGCCGCUCGGGAAGUACUACACCUGUCAGCUGCUCGAGGCGCUGAAGUACCUCGACAGUCGCAUGAUCACGCAUCGCGACAUAAAACCGGAAAACAUCAUGCUGCAGACGGACGAGGAUUACACGCUGGUCAAGCUCUGCGACUUCGGAUUGGCCAAGUGUUAUCGCAAGCAGAGCGUGAUGAGCACCUACGUCGGCACCCCUGCCUACAUCGCCCCCGAAGUGCGCCACAACGAAAACGUGCCCUACACUUCCGCCGUCGACGUAUGGUCCCUCGGCGUCACCGUUUUCUUGAUGCUCUCCGGGUAUCCGGCCUUCUGCGAGACGUAUCCGGACAUGGACUUGGAGCAGCAGGUGGCCAGUGGCCGUCUAAUCUUCGACAAGCGCUGGGACACAAUAUCCACGCAGGCGCGCGCGCUCAUUGAGGAGAUGAUCGUCGUCGACCCGAAGAAGCGAAUCACCGCCGCGAAGGCCCUCAACCACCCCUGGUUCGACAGCGACACCAAGGAGAAGGUCGACGCGCUCGUGAUCAUGCAGCGCUGGCGCGGCGGCCCACCCCCAUGCUCGGUUCGAACGGAAUUUCCGACCUCCUCGAUGACCGAAUCGAACGGAAGGAGGCGAAAGGCCGAGGAGCCGAUUCUCGUCACGCCAACCGUCAAGGAAAAGUGCCGACGCCUUCCGAACGCUCGCCGCGACGCCGCCAAAGUACCCCCCGCCCGC